AUGUUACUACCUCGUCGGAUUAGUGAGAAGAAGUGUAGAUUCACUGCCAAGAAGAUAACCUUCUUUGAGUACCAGAGGGUAAAGAGGCUGGAAUUGACCAAAAAUAUAACCGAGAGAAAGAGAUUAGGCUCGAUUCUGUUCCUUCCUGAAGAUAGUGAGGUCAAUUCACUUACUCACGAAUCUGUUCAAAGGAUACUAAACCAGGGCUCUCUGUUUCACUCCGUAAAUACAAAGAAUGUUUCCACUAGUAACAGCAGUUUUGAUUCUUUGUACAAUGUAAAUGAUACGUUCAGAGGUAGUUUACAUGAUAUUCUAUACGGAAGAAUAUUCAAUGUACGGUGUUUGAGCAAUCACGACCUUUGUAUACUAAUGUCCUAUCUAAUAAUCGCAUCAGAAUUUUCUGAAAUUGACGUUUCGCUACUGCGCAAGACGCUGGAGCACAUUAACAUCAAUUUUAAAACGUUUUCAAUCGCUGAAAUAUCACAUAUCCUGUACAGUAUAACUGAAAUCAUAAAUAUAAAUGAUAUUUAUAAACAAUUUUUGGAUCUGUGCUUUUCUAUAGUUGAAAAGACCACUAAAUUGUUGUUCACCAAGGGGAGAUUGAACAGAAUAAAUUUCGUAUGCUCCUCAAAUGUAUGUAAAAUAGUAUAUUCACUAUCUAAUCCAGUAUUUUUAAGCAUUUCAACCAGUUCUGGAAUAGAAUUAACCGAAUUAAUAAAUGUGUACGAAAAGUACCUGGAAGAUGCCAAGGCGAAUUCACGAGAUUUUAACCUCAUUUGCAAGUGUAUGACGCAAUUAAGUUCACCAAAUUUCCAGCUAAUAUCCAGAAUAUCGGACUACUAUUAUAACUUGUUGUUGAAUUUUAAUUUAAAUUUUAAGAAUGUGAGUAUUGAGAGUUCCCAAAGCUUUAAUUCAGCCGGCAGGGACGGUGUGAACAUUGGUAUGGAUAUGUUAGAUUACUUGGAUAAAAUGGAAGAGAACAUAAAUCUGAGUGGCUUGAUUGUUUUGUUAGAUACGAUUGAACAAUUUGGAGUAAACCAUAAGAAUUUGUUGAACGAGUUCAACACGUACAUACUUAAAUAUAUUAGCAUACUUGUAAAUAAUCAAAUCAUGUACAAUACAAAUGGUAGCUCUGAUAAUGUUAUAAGAAGAAAGUUAUUUAACUUGUUGAAGGAUGAUAAGUAUUUAAAGAACGAUAAGUUGGAUUUGCAGAGAAUAUACUCAGAACUGAUAAAGUUUAAUGACAAUAUUGGUAAUAGUAAACGUAAUAAUAACAAUCAACACCAUUAUAUUUGGGAUGAAAACAUAAUACAGAAAAUAUACAAGUACAUCAAUAACAGAGGACUACUUAGAAGGUUUAUUGAAGUAAACAUGAAGAAUAAGUCAAUGGGCGACAAUUGCAAUCUAAUAUAUAAGGGUAAUAAGUUACUUGAUAGUAGGUGUGUAACGGAAGAUGAUGUUGUUCAUAAAGUUGUUGACGAUGUUAAAGAUGUUUAUCAUGGUGAACAACAACUACGAGAAAUGGAAGGAUUGGAAAAAAAUCAAGUUAUUGCCAAAUUCAUUGAAGCUGUUGAGUACUUGCCAAAGGUGAUCAAUUUCAAUAAUGUUUGGAAGGUGUUAAAGGCCAUUAAUUUGGAUAAAAGAAUAGAUUUGGUGCCGAUGUUCUAUAGUUACCUACAGGAGGCGAGUAUCAUAUUUGAGUGUUUGGAGGACCCAUCAGAUGACCUGUUAGGCAUAUUCAGUUCAGUAAUAAAGUGUAAACCAUGCAGUGAUCAUCUGGUUGAGUUGGAUAACGUGUGUAAAAUGGUGGAAAUGUUCACAGAUUGUGACUUAAAGAGGGACUCAGUAGGGAUCAAGAUGUUCAUGAACAUGUUCAACAUACUUUGUGGAGUUUACAGGGUACGUGAAGGAGAAGAGUACGAAAAUAUGAAUCAGUGUGGAAGUUUAAGCUACGUAGAGGAUCUGCUGAGGAGGUAUUUUAGAGAAUACUCCAAGCGUAAGAGCCUGGAGUUUGAAAGGAUUCCAAAGGGGAGGAGUUGGCACUGUAGGCUCAAGUUUGUUCCAAGAUUAGGCGAGUGUAGAGGCGCGGAGGAUAUGAUGGGUGUGCUGGAGGAUUUGGGGAACCUGAGGAGUGAACUGGUAGAAGUUGUGCAACUGAACAGAGGUGUGUUUAGGUUCGUAGUAUAUAACACUCUCGUGGACAAAAUGGACAGAUUGAGGUUAGAAUCCGGAUGA